GAGAUUCAUUUUGCUUUUGAAAUGUACAUCUUGUUGGUUCCUUCACACUUACAAAAAUGCUAUUUACAUUUAAUUUAUAUGAAAAUUUAGAUUUGCUACUUAAUUGUGUCUGAAUUUUAAUUUAACCAAUAACCUAUAUAUGCUGUAAAAAUGCUAAAAGGCGUAAAACUGAUCUGUUUGGUCUUAUUGAACGGAAAAAAACUGUGGUUCGAACCUCUUGUUUGAAACCUAUUGAGGCGGCGCCCCCUCGUGGCCACACAAACUUUUAAGCCAGGAGUGUUUAGGGCAGCUGUUGGCUGUCUCUCUAACAGCAGAUGUCAAACAUAAACUUACAACAGACUAAAGAUGUAAACACUUGUGUUUCAGGCGCUCGUCUGUAAGCUGUUACUUAAGAUGAAAUAAGUCAGACCAUGAAGCUGCAGUAUAUUUUUAAGAUUGUUUUAUGUGUUAAUUAGACACUUUUUCCCUUAUUCUGUUUUUUUAUUAUCUUUUUUAUUUCAAUUGUAGCAACAACUUUUUUUUUUAAUAUUUGAAUUUAUGUCGAUUCUUUUUGUUCUAAACCAAAAUGGCCUCUACUUCCUUUUUUUUUUUUUUUUGUUUCGUAGGAUUUUUAUUUAUUUAUUUAUUCAGUAUAAUUUCACGUCGCAGCUACAGCUGCUACAGCGCCCCGCUGUUCUCGGUGGGGAUGUUUUCUACACAGAAGUCCCGCCUGUAUUUCCCUCUGGAGGAGUCUCAGCUUGCGCUCCCGACUGGGGAUUGGAGCGGCCACUUGUCAGUAAGCCAGCUUCACGUAGUGCAUGUGUGUGUGUGUGUGUGUGUGUGUGUGUGUGUGUGGAGGGAAACCGAGCCAGACAGUGACGGUCGGAUCGCUCACUCAUCAGCUGUCUGUCAGGCCAGGACGCCACAAAGAGCAGCUUGACACCCGGCCGGUAUGGAGGGAGAGAUGCAGCCCGCGGAUGAAGGGCCCUGCGCCACGAAGAUGUGCCGACAGCAGCGGGGUCCGUACAGCACCCUGAAGCCCUUCCAGAGCAAGCGCUCCGCGGGGAAGUCGCGCUUUGACCGGUCCGCUGCUUUGGAGCUGCCUGUGUUUGGCGACGGGCAUCCCUUCACUUUCCAUCCCGAACAGCCUCAUCCUUUCCAGCAGCAACAGCAGCAGCAGCAGCAGCAGCGGCUGCAGCACCUCCACCAAAACAGCGUCGCUAUCAGCAGCAGCCAGCAGCAUCACCCGCUGCCUCAGCAACAGCAGCACCACCGUCUCCCAUGUGAGGCCAGGCCCAGCAGCAGGGUCCCGACAUCCACCUCAGCGGCCACGGCAUCCCUCGGCUCCCAGCGGCGCUCCGGCAGCGGUUCGGAGCCCCGGUUCUCCCCGGACUGCACCUACGGAAUCAGCACAGAGAACCGUCUCAUCCUAGAUGCCUUCGCCCAGCAGUGCAGCCGAGUCCUCAACCUUCUCAACAAUGGCCGUCUGCUGGAGCCUCCGUCUUCCUCCCUCAGCUCUAACAUCAAGCUGGAAGACGGGCGAGGGGACGCUCAGGGUCUCCACUGCUCCUCUCAGGGGAAGCUGAAACCUCCGGAGAGCUCCUCCACCACCGACCCUGAGGACGAGGCCCAGCAAAGCCAUUCCAACCAGCACCAGACCUCUGCCGUCCUCCGCAUCUUCACGGACUCCCUGCAGAGCUACCUGCUCUCUGGGCCUCAGCAACACCUGGCUGCGGGUCUCGAAGGGGAGCAGUGCGCUCCCGCCGAGCGCGGUUCAGACGUGUCUCCGUCGAGACACAACCUGGGAGGAUGGGGAUCCCCGGCUCCGUCAGAGUCGUACGGACACCCGUCGUCCACGCUGCCGGAGGAGGAGGAGGAGGAGGAGAGCUGCUGCCCCCGCUGCCUGGAGCUGGAGCAGGAGGUGCUGUGUCUGCAGCAGGAGAACGAGGAGCUGCGUAACAAACUGGAGAACAUUCCAGUGCCCUGCCAAAAUACUUUGGACUACUUCAAGGCUGUUCUUGAAUUUCACAACCAGCUGGCCCAGCAAAUGCCAGAGGAGCAGCUCACCGAGCAGUGUGACAAUAUGGAAUUAAAAGAUGUAUCUCUGCAGGAGGAAGAGCAAACCGUCUUUGAGGGGAGCAAACAGCUGCUGGAGAACUACCCGCUCUUCAUCACCAACAAGCAGUGGGAUGAAGCCGUCAACUCCUCCAAGAAAGAUGGCCGACGGCUCCUGCGAUACCUGAUCCGCUACGUCUUCACCACGGAUGAGCUCAAGUUCUCCUGCGGUUUGGGGAAGAGGAAGCGCUCGGUGCACUCAGGAGACCCGGGCCUGGAGAGACGCCCGCUCAACCCAGUCAAAGUCAGCUGCCUCAGAGAGUUUAUCCGGAUGCACUGUGCCUCAAACCCAGACUGGUGGAUGCCCUCAGAGGAGCAGAUCAACAAAGUGUUCAGCGACGCCGUCGGCCACGCCCGCCAGGGCCGGGCGGUGGGUACGUUCCUGGGCAGCAGCGGCAGCAGCACCAGCAGCCUCUACAUGGACGGCUUCGACGGACAUCUGUCGCAGGACGAGCUGUUUCUGAAAGGCUGCCAGAACGGCCAGUCGGACUGAAGUUAUACAAAAACAAAAAUGAUGAACCUUAAUAUGUAGCUGUACGACAACAUAUCCAGAAACACCAACCUUUAUCUAAAAACAUUCCAGAGAAAGCGUGUUAUACAGAAUACAACUCCAGCCCUUGCUUUAAGUAAUUUUAUAACCCUUUUGGUUGUUUUAUACUUGCAUUUUUUGAGUCAAAAUUUGACUUUUGCCAGUUUUCAAUUUUAAAGCAAUUUGAGUCUUCCUUUUUGCUACUUUAAAAUAUGACUUGAGUUUAUUUCACUGUCAGUGGGUUAUGUUUAGGGCUAAGUCAGUUUCAGAGAAUAUUUUGUGUUAAAUUUAUAGGAUAGUUGUGUUAGAAUUUCCGUAUAUCUACACAAGCUGCACCUUCAUGAUAUUCAUAGCUAAAAGUAGCAUUUAAUCUGUUUGCAUCUGUAUGUAGUGAAAGCACCUUUACCUGAAAUUUUUAACAGGAGUGCCUCUGACAUCGUCACAUUCGCUUGUUCACUCUGCUGCGCUUUGACUUUCAUUCAAUCUUCAUUUAAUUUAAACAAAGACAUGUAGGUCAACACUAGACAUUUGGUCCAAGUCACAACCAAACUUAAAGGUUAUCUUGUUAUAUUUUGGAGGUAGUUACAUGUAGUUGAAACCACAGUUAUUUUUUUUGAAAAGCCACCAGUCCCUUCUGCAACAAACCACACACAAAACAUGAUGCUGCAGUCACCGCCGUACUUUAUAGUUGGGAUCCUUUGUCACGAUUUUGCAAGCUUCACAUUUUACCUCCAAAAUGAACAAUGAUGAUCAUGGUUCAAUUUUAGCAUCCUCAGACUGCAGGAGAGACACAAAUGUUUUUUCCAUGAGCGCAUUAGCAAAAACGAUUGUUUUAUACUCGCAUUUUCGUCAAAAUUUGACUUCUGGCAGUUUUAAAGGAGGCGUCUCUUUAAAUCCAGUGGACUGCUUCUAAGAUUCACAGUAGGUGCUAGAUAUAAAACACAAUAAAGUCAAGAUUACUAAGAACAUUUAAAUGUAAAGCCACAAAACAGAAAUUUCAUUCUUGAAAUUUGUUUUUAAAAAACACUGCAAUUAAGAAAAACAUAAAUUUCAAAGUCACAUUGAAAAGAAAUAGUUAAAUUAAAUAUCAAAGACUUUUUUGGGGAGGGUGUUCAAUUCAGGGCAACCUUACAGCACAAUUUUAACCAAAGUUUUCUGUGUUUUUAACUUGUUUACAGUCCAGUAAUUAGUCCUGCCGAAUUGAAAUAUGACUUUAGUUUACGUUUUUGUCUGAAUUUGCAACAAUACCGCUACUUUUUGCUCAAAUACACUGUUGCCUACCAGGUUUGAAUAAUUCUCUUUUUACACACUUUUCCUCUUUUCGUUGUUAGUUUAAUUUUUACUAUGCUAUUUUUGACGAAGGUUGAUCAAAGCAGUUUUCAAAAGAUAUGCACAGCAUGUCAUGAAUAGACCACAUUGUCACAAUAAUUGUGUUAAAAUUGGUAGAAAAUACACUAUUUUGCCAAAUUUAUUGCAUCACCCAUGCAAAUGAUGAAAUGCAGGUGCUCAAAUUACCUCCAUAUUUACAGGUGCAUAACAUUCAGAACCUAGGGCUGCAGACUGCUUCCUCUCUUUCUCGUCCAACAUCAGUGUCUGACCUUACAAAUGCACGUUUGGAAGAACAGGAAACAAAAAUGCCCAUAAACACACUUCUUAGCCUAGUGGAAGGUUUUACCAAAAGAUUUCUACCUGUUAUACCUGCAACGGAAGAGCCAACAUCUUACUAAAUACUAUUGAUUAAGUCAAACAAACAAAACCUUGUUGUAUACUGUACUUUAUCCAACUUCAUGGGCAGCAGUGUGCAAUAAAUACUUGUAUUUAAAACCUAAAUUAGGAGCAAAACACAGGCAACAGUAAAGAUCUUUAGUUUAAGGCAGUUGCCACUUUAUGAAGCCUUAAAUGAGUAGGAAGACAUUCACAUAGUAAAAUGUUGAAACUCUGUGUCAUCAUGUGAUGUGUGUUGUUCCCUGACAAUGACUGAAAGUGUCUACUUCCUCAGAGAGAGAAAGCAUGAAGCACUUGUUUAUUUCUGAAGCUGUUAUUUGCACUUUUCAUGGUCUCACUGGGGACAAACAGAUGUAAAGAGCUAAAUACUCACCUCAAAAAAAGAUUUCAUGCUGAACAACUUUCUUUGCGGGUAACAUUGUUUUCUUCAUCUGAAUGUAGCUGAUCGUGAGGCCAAGUCACCCAUAAAACGUGCUGUGUAAAUUGUGUAAAAUAACGUAUGGUUAUUGUUAAAGUUUUUUUUUUUCUUUCAGAAAA